AUGAGGACUCCCGCACUCUUGAGCCUCGCAGUACUAAGCCGCCACGCCCUCACCCAGAGACUGCAAUACGAUGAGCGCACGACAAAAGACUGCAUUGGCUGGGCCGACAUCUACGACAGCUCUGUCGACACCUGCGAGAGCACCUUGCGAGAGUGGGGCGUAGAACCCAAGCGUUUCCACGCCUGGAACCCUGCCGUGGGACUGGACUGCACUCCCUGGUUCAACUUGACAAGCUACUGUAUCCUAACCAACGAAACAAUCGAAGACAGCGUGUACUACACCACCCUUUCGCUCUCAGAUUACAGCCAUGGCAUGCCGCUGGCAAGCAUGACAACCGAUAGUGACGGCUGGAGAAUACCGGUUACCAAAAGCGACGCAAAAUCCCAUACAACCAGUACGAUAGCACCAAUACCAUCUCCCAGUACAUGGAAAGACAUGGGAUGCUAUGUCGACAAUUGGAACGAUGGUGAGAACGGAAUCAGAACGUGGAUCCUGGACACUCGUUGGCUCCCGCGAGACCCGGAAGAGACGGUGGACAAGUGCAAAGAAAAAUGCCACAAGAUGCAGUACAAAAUUGCAGGCCUCAAGCUCGGCGACGAGUGCUGGUGCGGUGACAGUAAUAAUGGGACGUUGGCGGCGGACCAGAAAGAGUGUAACAUGCCUUGUGGUGGUGAUGCGAAAGUCAUGUGUGGCGGCACUCUACGCCAGAAUGUUUUUGGAGCCGUGGACGAUAUAGAUGAAUCUUCAAGUGCGAGUGUCAGUACUGCAGUUACUGCGUCUGCGACCAAUGGCGGGUCUGCGGCGACUGGACCAACUGCGACUGCGACUUCUGGAGCAAGACGUAAUCUGGGACUCUUUGGGAUGUGGCGGCGGUAA